AUGGUCAAGUUUUGCAUCGAAUGUGGGGCUUCAAAUCCGGGCAAAUUUUGUUCCGAAUGUGGUCAUCGUUCCAUGGAAACGAGUACUGUCUCUUCUUCCUCUUCUUCUUCUAGUGCGACUUCUUGUAUUGUUCCCAUGGCUUCAGCUUUUCGUCGUGAAAACUCGCCAUAUGGUGGUGAUACAUUUCACCACACAUUGGAAACUAGUUUAAAAAAUGGGUCAAGUUUCAAAAAUGGGUCUUUUCAAGCUCCUGCUAGUUCCCUUUUAAUGGAUACUUUUGAUCAAGUACCACCUGCUGCUACUGGAACCGAAGCACAAGAGUAUUAUGAACGUUGUGUAAACACAAUUCGAGCGUCUAAAGGUGGAAAUAAUGAAAAAGGAGUCAAGAAAUUUAAACACAAUUGUCGAAAAUUUGGACUUAAAGAAAUGGACGUUCAAGUGUUUUAUACGUCAAUUGUGACGGAAUUAGGAGCUGAAAACACUCGGACUUUUAUCCCAACAUUGGCGAGAUUAGUACCGGAUGAUGCUCGACGAAAAGAAUUGAUGGAUUAUAAUGCACAACAAGGAACAUUUGCGUUGCGAAAAAGUGGAAGGAUUAGUUUUGGAGAAAAGGCAGACACUCAAUUGGCUCUUGUUGAUACAAACACGAGCAUGACGGAAACGUUACGUCGUGACUCGACUCUAAGUAACAACAAGGAGGUACAGAGUAAAGGAAUACUUAUUAAUCGCUAUGCUGAUCAUCCAAAUUGUGACGUGUGUAAUGUACAAUUUGAGGUGACAAAGCGACGUCAUCAAUGUCGUUAUUGUGGACAAUUUGUCUGUAGCUCUUGUUCUCCUGUUCGACUAUUGGUGCCACCUGGGAGACAAAUUGAAGGUGCUACUAGUUAUGACGCGUCGAUUCCACAACGAGUGUGCAUUCAAUGUGCUCCACAACUUCACCCUCUUCAAGAUGAAUUGGUUGCUACCUAUGCCCAAUCGCAGACGGAAAACAUUCACGAAACUCGUAGCCGUUUCCAUGCCCCAUAUACAACCUCAUUGAAUAAGGAGUGCUGCAAUGCAGCAGAUAUUAUUGGCAACUUUUUCCGGAGCGAAUGGGGAUCGUCGGCUGAUCGUGCAAUUCCUGUGGCAUUCUUGCAAAAGGCCCACGGUCUUGCAGUUAUGACCGUUAUCAAGGCUGGAUUCCUUGUAUCUGGCAAGAUUGGCACGGGGCUUGUUGUUGCUAAACUACCGGAUGGAUCGUGGUCGGCUCCCUCUGCCAUUGGAACGUUUGGACUUAGUGGUGGAUUCGAAAUUGGCGGAGAAUUAGUAGAAGUGAUGGUUAUUCUUGGAUCGGAAAAAGCUGUGAAAGUGUUUCACAAACCGCAGGUCAAUCUUGGUGCGGGGCUGGAUAUUGCCGUGGGUCCAUACGGCCGAUCAGCACAGGCAGCCGCUGCGGCCAGCACGAGCGGUCUGAAUGCCAAUUACAGUUAUUCACACAGCAAAGGACUAUACGCUGGUAUUUCACUUCAGGGAGCUAUCCUGACUGCACGCUCGGACCUGAACCGAAAGUUUUAUGGUCGUGAAUUGCAGCCGAGUGAGUUGCUGAGUGGCUACGUGGAACAACCAACAGCAGCGCGGCCACUGUAUGAGGCAAUUGAUAAUGCAAUGCGAGGCAUCGAGGACCACAAGGAGGUGCAGCUCCGCCGGUCGUUGAUCAUGGGGCCAUGCCGGCUCUGCAAUUGCCCCAUGUUUCAGGCACACACCACUCAAGUGUGGAACAAGAAGUGCAAAACGUGUAGCCACGCACAUUGA